GGGCCUCGCCGCGCGGCCCCGUCCGCCUGCAGUCCGCCCGGAGCCCGGCCCCGAGGCAGCCUCCCGCCGCUCCGGCCGCCGCCAUGAAGAUCAAGGAUGCCAAGAAGCCCUCUUUCCCAUGGUUUGGCAUGGACAUCGGGGGGACUCUAGUGAAGCUCUCGUAUUUUGAACCCGUUGACAUCACUGCAGAGGAAGAGCAAGAGGAGGUAGAGAGCUUGAAAAGUAUUCGGAAAUACCUGACCUCUAACGUGGCCUAUGGGUCCACUGGCGUCCGGGAUGUGCACCUUGAACUGAAGGACUUGACUCUGUUUGGGCGAAGGGGGAACUUGCACUUUAUCCGAUUUCCAACCCAGGACCUGCCUACCUUUAUCCAAAUGGGAAGAGAUAAAAACUUCUCCACGUUACACACGGUGCUAUGUGCUACCGGAGGUGGUGCUUACAAGUUUGAAAAAGAUUUUCGCACAAUUGGAAACCUCCAUCUACACAAACUGGAUGAACUUGACUGCCUUGUAAAGGGCCUGCUGUACAUAGAUUCUGUCAGUUUCAAUGGGCAAGCAGAGUGCUAUUAUUUUGCCAAUGCCUCUGAACCUGAGCGAUGCCAAAAGAUGCCUUUUAACCUGGAUGACCCUUACCCCCUGCUGGUGGUGAACAUUGGCUCAGGAGUCAGUAUUCUUGCGGUCCAUUCCAAAGACAACUACAAGCGUGUGACAGGGACCAGCCUCGGCGGGGGCACCUUUCUGGGCCUGUGCAGUUUACUGACCGGCUGUGAAAGUUUUGAAGAGGCUCUGGAAAUGGCAUCCAAAGGUGACAGCACCCAGGCCGACAAGUUGGUCCGGGACAUUUACGGAGGAGAUUAUGAAAGAUUCGGUCUGCCGGGAUGGGCUGUAGCAUCUAGUUUUGGGAAUAUGAUUUACAAGGAGAAGCGAGAGGCCGUUAGUAAGGAGGACCUGGCAAGAGCCACCUUAGUUACCAUCACCAAUAACAUCGGCUCUGUGGCGCGCAUGUGUGCGGUUAACGAGAAAAUCAACAGAGUUGUCUUUGUGGGAAACUUCUUACGCGUCAACACUCUCUCCAUGAAGCUCUUGGCCUAUGCACUGGAUUAUUGGUCGAAAGGUCAAUUGAAAGCAUUGUUUUUAGAGCACGAGUUGCUCAAAAUCAUACAGGGUUACUUUGGAGCUGUUGGUGCGCUUCUUGGACUGCCAAACUUCAGCUAACGUGUCAGACGUCUUGCCCUCAAGAUGCCAUCCAAGGAGCUGAACUGCGGGCAGGCACUCGGGCACCGCCGCCACUGGGAACCAAAGGAUAAAAGAGCAGCCGUGCUCCUGUUGAUUUCUAGAUGUCAGGAUGGUCGGCCCGGGAGUGUUGCUGCUGUGGAGGAGUUGUGUGUCCUUCCCCGUGUCCUGCCUCUGAAUGCAACACAGAAAGAUCUUCUAUUUAUUUUAUGUAGCUAACAUUGUAGUACCACACACUCCAGCACAAAUCUUCAAAUCUCAGAGCUGUUUUAUGUAUGAGAAGUAACUGGUUGUAAUUGUUCGGAUCUGUUUCGUGUGUGCUCUGGUUACGCUGUGUUAAAUUCACUGUAUCGGCAAGAAUCUAGGCAAUCGAUUCCUGAGGCUUUGGGAAUGCAAAGGAGUGCUGAGCACUGGUGAUGGUAGUUUCUGUAACAUACUCUGUGUAACAAAGCAUGUUGGGGUGAUCCGUCCCCGGAGAUGUGAUUCUUCUCAAAUGCCAUGAUGAUUUACUUGAAAUACUCUUGGUAGACCUUGGCCUGAGUCUCAGGAUGAGUCCUGGGAAGUGACUAUUUACUUUGAUUUUUGAGUUAAAUCAACACGUUAACAUGUUUAAUAUGUUCAGAUUGGAAGCUUACUUGUUUUGGAGUCUAACGGGGUCCCUGGCCUGCUCAGACAGUGUGCUUGGGGCGAGUUCAUACUUCUGUGCCCUUUUGUGGCCAUGUGUAUCUCAGGCCGAAGUAGACACGUUUCUUCUCAUUAGAUCUGAACCACGAAAGCUAAAGAUUUUAUUCUAUUCUGAAAAACUGCAACAGAAUCACACUUACUCUUGGGUGUUGUGGAACUGGGAAUCUGAGGCAGUAUUGCAGAAUUAUAAGAAAGAUCAGUGUUUGAUACAUUCUGGUAAUAAAAGCAUUAUAGUUCCAAAUUUGU